AUGGAGCUCUGGGACGCUGGCCACGGGACGCGGCGUGGGCAGGGGGUGCCAGCGCUCCCCCCGCAGGAGCGCCUUGCUAUCUGGGAAGGUGUGUCUGACUACAUUGUAUGGCAACUGAUGCUGAGCCAGGGAGUCAGGAUUAUUCGGCUGGGCACCUUCAGUGUUGUGAGGGAACAAGUUGUUGGUGGGAAACAUGGUCUUCUGACUGUUCGCAGACCCGUGUUCCAUCUUUCAAAGAAUAUUGCACAGGUUCUCGGCCUCUCCCAUGAUGAGGCCUAUGCUCCUGGUCACAAGGAAAUGGAGCCCCUGAAGUGUGCUCGCAUAGCCUCGGACAUGUCUGUUCCUCGGCAAACAGUGGAGGCUUGCGUAGAAGAGACCCUGCGUGAGUUCUGCCGCUGCCUCAAGAGUGGGCAGAAUGUUGCCUUUGUGUUGAAGGACGUUGGCAUGCUUGUUAUUCAAGGGACCAACGUGAAAAUGAGAUUUUACAAAAGCCUUCUGCAAAGGCUGAAUGGGACUGAACAGCGGCUUGCAGCUCUUCUUGGGAUGCCAGAGAUGAGGGAUUCAGUGCUCUCGCGCACCAAAACUGCUGCUUCCCAGACCCUUUCUGGUCGUGUCUUUGUCUUCCCAGAGUACAAGCUUGAGAGUGUAGCUAGAAAGCCACCUGUGAGGCCCGUGGCAGCUGUGAAGGCCACCCAGGCAGAGGAGAGGGGAAAAGCUGACUGCAGUGGCAGGAAAGGCAAUCUCCCUGCCAACCACCUCCUCUUGAGAGAGCGGCUUCCUGCACGCAGACUAACUGCUCUGAACAUGGAGAAAGGAAAGGGAGACACAGGCAAGGGCAAAGCUCCUCCUGGCAGUGUGCUCCCAGCCAUCGGAGAGAGCUCCUUGAGGAAGGUGGAGAAAGGCAGGAGGAAGCCAAGUGCUGAAGAAUCAUCAGCAAAGCCAAAGGAAAAGAAAGAAAGGGCAGCACUGAAGGCAAAGAGAGACAUGGAAGAGUCAGAGGGGAUCCAGGUUCGGCGGAUGUCAAGGACCCUGACAAACCUGCGGCCUGACCUCAGCCUGCCCACGACCAGCAGGGACGAGAGGGCUGAUGACCGUGCUGGGGAGAAAAAGCCAAGCAUUAAGGAUGUGUACAUCUACCACCUGGGGCCAGAGGAGGAGAUGACGGUCUACGUUUACUUCUCCCACAUAGACGAAGAGGAGAAGAAGAAAGAGCAGCAGUCAUCGCAAGAGACAGUAUAUGGCGAUUCGUUCACUUGCUGGAUGAUGGAGGAGUGGGAGGAAUAUAAAGGAGCAUCAUCUGCAGAGUACAAGGCCAGCAGCACCUCCCCAAAAAGGAUGGUUUCCAAGCAAAGUCUCCAGGCGCUUCAAGCAGCAGUGACGAGCCUAGUGAAGGAGGCAAAGAGUUUUGUAGAAGAGGUGGGAACAAAGAAUGCUACUGAAGAACCCGAGUGCCUCAGUGUGCUCUCAGCCAUCCGAGAGAGCUCCUCAAGGAAGGCGGAGAAAGGCAGGAGGAAGCAAAGGUCUGAAGCCAGACUGCCAGCCGUGAGGCCUCUUGGUAGAAGCCAAGAGAGGGCAGGACAGCAUGCAGGCUUCCUGUCCGCUCUGCAGGGGCAAAGAGAUGUUUGGGAAUCCUCGGCUAACCUGCAGGAGAAGAAAGAAAAGGCAACUCCGAGAGCAAAGGGAGAAAUGGAGGAGCCAGAGAGGACCCAGGUUCGGCGGAUGUCAAGGACCCUGACAAACCUGCGGCCUGACCUCAGCCUGCCCACGACCAGCAGGGACGAGAGGGCUGAUGACCGUGCUGGGGAGAAAAAGCCAAGCAUUAAGGAUGUGUACAUCUACCACCUGGGGCCAGAGGAGGAGAUGACGGUCUACGUUUACUUCUCCCACAUAGACGAAGAGGAGAAGAAGGAAUAG